CAGAUACUUCCGGAUUAAAAAAAAAAAGAAAGUGGGUAAAAGGUCCUGCGGACUGCAGUGACAGCAGCCGGUCACAAACUCAUUUCUCUGCGGAAAGCACAAAGAGGACUGAAAGUAAAAAAAAUGGCCAAACAGCCGCAGCCGAUCAGCCCGCUGAAGAACUUCUUCGCCGGAGGUUUCGGAGGUGUUUGUCUCGUGUUCGCCGGACACCCGCUGGACACCAUUAAAGUGCGUUUACAGACUCAACCCAAACCCAAACCUGGAGAGAGCCUCUUGUAUGCUGGAACCAUUGAUUGUUUUAAAAAGACUUUAGCCAAAGAGGGUGUGAGAGGACUCUAUAAGGGAAUGGCAGCUCCCAUAAUCGGAGUCACGCCCAUGUUCGCCAUAUGUUUCUUUGGAUUCGGACUGGGCAAGAAGCUCCAGCAGAAAUCUCCAGACGAUAUCCUCACGUACCCACAGCUGUUUGCUGCGGGGAUGCUGUCGGGGAUUUUCACCACAGCCAUCAUGGCUCCAGGAGAGCGCAUCAAAUGUCUCCUACAGAUCCAGGCAUCGACAGGAGAGGUGAAGUAUGCAGGACCAAUGGACUGUGUCAAACAGCUGUACAGAGAAGCUGGAAUCAGAGGCAUCUACAAAGGCACAGCUCUUACUCUCAUGAGAGAUGUUCCAGCCAGUGGCAUGUAUUUCAUGUCUUAUGAGUGGCUGAAGAACGUCCUCACACCAGCAGGGAAGAGCCCCAACGAGCUGAGUGUUCCCAGCGUGCUGCUGGCCGGAGGAAUCGCUGGGAUCUGCAACUGGGCUGUCGCCAUUCCACCAGACGUGCUCAAGUCUCGCUUCCAAACAGCUCCUGAAGGAAAGUAUCCCAACGGUUUCCGAGACGUUCUGCGGGAGCUGAUCCGGGAGGAGGGGGUCUCCUCUCUGUAUAAAGGCUUCAACGCCGUCAUGCUCCGAGCUUUCCCUGCAAACGCUGCUUGUUUCUUAGGAUUUGAGCUGGCCAUGAAGUUUCUGAACUGGUUAGCUCCGAACCUGUGACGAAGCCUCAGACACACCUCGUUUCUGGGAACCCCACCUCAGAAUACACACUCUUGCGCGUACACACACACACACACACACACAGAGAGAAUCACAUGAAAUGAAGAGUUUUAAUAGUUCUAACGAUGUACUUGAUUAUUUGUCGGGGAAACUGUAGGAGGAUUCAGACCUUCUGAGGUGAUUCUGUAAUGAUGCCAGUUCACACACAGUCAGCCCGAUGUCCUCACUCCUUCUCUUUUAUUUUGUUCAUUUUUGGUUUCAUUGUUUGUUUUUUAAAGGAGUGAAGGGAUCAUGUCGUGCCUUAACCUAACUGCGAUUAGGUGUGUGUGUCAUUUACACCUCGUCUGUGUCAUGUGAAACUAUGAACUUAAUUUUAAUGAUCAUCAUAUAAAGAAAUGAUAAAACAACAGGUCCAUCUUUA